CGAUGAGGAAAUUGAAGUUGGGGAGUAGAUUUGGCUUCGUAAGAUUCCUGGAUGUCAAAGAAUGAGAUCGAACUUGAACACCGACUAGACCAAAUUACAGUAGGGGCAUCUAAGCUUUGGGUUAACAGACCAAAGUUUAGAAAGGAGGAAGAGAGAAGUAGCGCUGAUCAAAAGCCAAUUGAGAAGGAUCAUGUCAAACCAUGGAGAUCUUAUGCAAAGGUCCUAAAAGGAAGCCAUGGAUCAGAAGUUAAGCUAAUGAAUCAACCGCAGCCAACAAUAGGGGUUGGAAGUGAUGAAUACAAGCAGAAUAAAAGAGAAGGUGGUGAUAAGGAUGGGAUCAAAGAUUUGGCAGAAUUAGCAUCAGAAUGGCUGGGGCAAUGGUUUGAAGAGGUAAAGCCAUGGACUCCAACAAUGGUUGCCAAAGAGAGAUUUGUGUGGCUUCGAUGUCAGGGCUUUCCAACUCAUGUCUGGGGACCAGAGUUCUUUGCCACAAUAGGGAAUGUGUGGGGGAAAUUUAUAUCCUUAGAUGACAGUACGAGCAAGAAGAAACAGUUUGAUAUUGGGCGAUUACUAAUCUCUACCCCUGUCAUGCAAUUUAUCUCAAAAGCUUUGAAUAUUAGAGUUAACAGUGAGCCAUAUUUGAUUAAAGUCAUGGAAGAAGAAGCCACUAAUGGCAUCUUUUCUAUGCAAUCAGACCAUGUAUUCAAAGAGUUAAGUGAUUUAGAGGAUUUUAGCUCAGAAGCUUGGUCGUUGAACAGUGAUGUUGAAGGAGCUUGUGGUGAAUCCGUUCAUGGUGGAGGCCAACCCAAGGACAGUUGGAAGGAAGCAGAUCACGAGACAGAUGAAGAUGACAUUGAAAGAGGCAAUGAGGUGGGAGGUGAGGCUGAAAUGGCAGAUGACAUGGAAACCAGGUAUGGGAAACAAGCAACGGAUAGAAAGAUUUUUGAAAUUAUGAACGUUGAAGACAAAAGGAUGAGUGGUGAUGGUUUCGAUACACAAACAAGCAAUGAGUACCUAGCUGAAGACAUUGGGAAAACUCAAAAACUUCUUAUCAGUCCUCAAGGGGAGAUGGCGGACGAUAUAGGUUACGUGCCUGAUAGUCUGAGUCUGGACAAAGAGCAAAAGCAGGAAAAGGUAUAUGGGCCCACUUAUCAAGCCUGUUUAGGAGAGGAUGAAAAUUGGGCCUUGGAAGAUGAAAGCUGGGCCCCAAAUAUGGGCUUAGAUGAGAGAAACGUAAGGUAUGGUGGUAAAGAGGUAGCAGUAGAAAGAGAAACGGAGUUCAAUGCAUUUGAGAAAGAUCCAGAGCAACGGCAAGACAAAGGCAGCUUGGUAUGGGAUUUUGCCAUGAAAAUUGGAGUGGUAGAUCGAGGAAACAAGGGCGAGAUUCUGCAAAUGCUAGAGGACAUGGAGAAGCAAGAUAAAGAAAAUUACAGAAGAUCAGCGGCUACAGAGAUCAUGGAUUGGGGUCCAAAACCAUUCCGUUUCUUUGAUGCAUGGCUUGAAUCCCCUGAGUUUAAAGAUAUAGUGACUGAUGUAUGGAAAUCAAUAGUAGUAGGUGGUUGGAAUGGGUACCGAUUGAAAAAGAAAUUGAAAGAAACAAAGAAGGUACUUAAAGCUUGGAGCAAGAACAUGGUGUCAGAGAUAGAUUUAAAGAUCCAACAGAGCAUUGAAGCUAUAGCUAGUACUGAUAAAAAAGGAGAGGUGCUGCUAUUGUCUAUAGAAGAUGUUGAGUGUGAGAAAGGAAGAAGAAGAAGAAAUGAUAUAGUGAGCAUCAUGGUGGGUAAUGAGAGAUUGGAAGAGGUUAAGGAAAUAAAAGAAGGCAUGGCAAACCAUUUUGAAAACCUGUUUAAGGAAGAGAAUUGGCAACAUCCAACUUUAGAUGGGAUUGAAUUUAACAAGAUUUCAGCAGAGGAAGGGUUAGUGUUGGAAGCACAGUUCAAUGAGGAGGAGGAAAUGUGGGAGGUUCUCAAAGGUGACAUUUUGGGGUUUGUGGAUGAUUUUCAUAAGAAUGGAAAACUGGUUAGAAGGAUUAACAGUUCUUUCAUUGUGCUAGUGCCAAAAGUUGACAACCCACAAAGAAUUGAUGAAUUUAGGCCAAUCUCACUUGUUGGUGCCAUGUAUAAGAUUAUUGCAAAAUUGUUAGCACACAGAUUGUCUUCGGUUCUGAAUGGUAUUAUUGGGGAAAACCAGAUGGCUUUUCUUGGGGGAAGGCAACUUGUUGACAGUGUGGUGAUAGCAAAUGAGACAAUAGAUGAUGCUCAAAAAAGGAAAAAAGCAAGUUUUGUAUUUAAACUUGACUUUGAAAAGGCUUAUAAUAAAGUCUACUGGGAGUUCUUGAAUUAUAUGAUGCUGAGAUUGGGAUUUGGCCAAAAAUGGAGAGGGUGGAUUGAAGAAUGUCUGAAGAUAGCAAAGGUAUCUAUAUUACUCAAUGGCAGCACCACUAGACAAUUUAAGAUGCACAAAGGACUUAAACAAGGUGACCCUCUAUACCCCUUCUUAUUUUUGAUAAUUGCCAAGGGUCUUAACGGCAUCAUCUCCUCAGUAGUCUCACUUGGAUUAUUUGAGGGGAUUGAAAUUGGUCAUCGCGAUAUGAAAGUCUCCCAUCUACAAUUUGCAGAUGACACAAUUAUGUUUGAGACAGCCUUGGAAGAGAAUAUUUGGGCAGCAAAAAGUAUUACAAGUAUUUUUGAGAUUGUGUCAGGGCUGAAGAUUAACUUUGGCAAAAGCUUGCUAUUGCGUAUCAAUGUAUCAGAUGAAUGGGUGAAUAAAAUGUCAUUUAUCUUGAACUGCAAACAAGGAGUUCUACCUUGCAAAUAUCUAGGGGUGCCGAUUGGGGGAAAAGGUAGAAGUAUUGCUAUGUGGAAACCUAUCAUCGAAUCUUUUAAGAAGAAACUUGCAAGCUGGAAAAGCAGAUUCAUCUCCCUUGGUGGAAGGAUAACGCUCCUCAAUUCCGUGCUAUCUAGCCUUCCAGUGUUCACCAUGUCUAUCCAUCUACUUCCAAAAGGUGUGAUUCUCUUACUUGAUAAAAUUCGUAGAAGCUUCCUUUGGGGGGGUGGGGAGGGUAGUAGGAAGAUUAAUUGGGUUUGUUGGGAAAAUAUAUGUAGAGGCAAAAUGGAGGGAGGGUUUGGUGUCAAGGAUCUAAGAAAGUUUAAUCUAGCAUUAUUAGGAAAGUGGUGGAAUAGGCUAGCAAGGGGAGAGGAAGAUUUCCUCUACAGGGGAAAACAAAGAACAUAUCCCAAAUGGGAUACUAGAACAAUGGAAACUGGAUGUGGUCACUGCAAUGGAGGAGAACUAUCUUCUCUAGGGAAGAGGAACAGACGUCGGAGCUAUGGAGCCUAUUGGAGACAACCAAAUCGACUAAGGGACACAAGGACAGAUGGGAGUGGAAGCAUGAUGGUGGAGCAUACUCUACUUGGGAGAAAGAGUGAUAGAGUAGAGUGUCGACACCAAACAGGAGGACUAAGCAUCCAGAAUCCCAACACGGAAGUGGUGUCGACACCAGAUAAAAGGGCUGAGCAUCCAGAAUCCUGACACGGACCUGGUGUCGAUAGCAAAGUUUGGUGUCGACACCAAAUGAAAAGGCUGAGCAUCCGGAAUCCCGACACGGAUGUGGUGUUGACACAUAAUUUUAGUGUUGACACCAAACGGAAGCGAUAUUCAAUUAUGUAAAUCUAUGCCUUUCAAAUUGGAAUGUUUAUGGUUUUGGGGUACUCCUUGUACUCCAUCUUUUUUCAAUAAAUAUUACUUUUUCUG